AUGACGGUCACCAUCACCACCACCACCUCCACCAAGGCAGCAAUCACAACCAAUAACGGUGCACUUUUCUCCCACAUCUCCGUUAGACCUCUGCACGCAACCUUCGCUGCUGAGAUCAGUGGUGUGGAUUUCUCGUCUCCUUUGAGUGAUGGAGUGUUCAAGGAGAUCCAUCAGGCUGUAACAAAGUACGGCGUUGUCAUCUUCCGCAGCACCGGCCUCAAAGAUGAAGACCACAUUGCAUUGUCCAAGAAAUUUGGAGAGCUGGACGACGUGAUGCCGUAUAUCACCGCUGGUCGCAAACACCGACUGAAAUAUCCCGAGCUCUUUGACGUCAGCAACGUGGAGGCCGACGGGUCCAUCCUCGACCCCGAGAGCUCGCGCGGACAAGCAAAUAAGGGAAAUGACCUCUUCCACGUGGAUUCAAGCUUCAAUCCUCGCCGCGCCGGGUACUCACUGCUCUUGGCGCACGAGCUGCCGCCAAGCGGCCUGGGUGGCCACACUGCCUUCGCGGAUACUAGGACGGCUUUCGAUGACCUCUCCUCAGACCUCAGGGAGCAGUUGUUGGCCAACGAUUACGUAGCUUGCCACUCCAUGCAUCACUCUCGCAAGUUGGCCGCUCCGGAGGCUUUCGCUGGUGUCAACCCGCUUGACUAUCCCAUGGGUAGACACAAACUAGUGCAGCGCCACGAGCCUUCCGGUCGGAUGAAUUUGUACAUUGCGGCCCAUGUGCACCACAUUGAGGGUCUCGUUCCGGAGGAGUCGCAGACACUAUUCGACCAGCUGUUCCAGCACUCCACUCGCGAUGAAAAUACUGUCGAGAUUGAGUGGCAGGCCCCAGGAGAUCUCAUUAUCUGGGAUAACACCUGCACUAUGCACCGAGCUGUUGGAGGUCCCUUCCUUCGGAAAUACAAGCGGGACAUGAGACGGACGACCGUUCACGAUUCGAGCUCGACAGCUUGGGGCUUGAAUGAGCAUACCGAUGUCAGGCAAGGUUUGCCUUGA